UCCAACAUUUUUCUUUCAUAACGAGAAUAACCCGAGGCCUGUAGCUUCAGUUGUUUGCGAGCUAUUGAGCUCUGUAUGUCUGAAUAUCGGUCAAAAUCGAACGUAAAACUAUCUUUACCACUGUAUGUGACGAUAGCAGCCCGGUAUUUUAAAAUAGAAAAUAAUUGCGUUGUGGAAAAUAGUCUAUUAAUAAUCAAAAUUGCAUUUGGGUGUAAUGCAUAAUUUCUUCUUCGCAAGAGUUAGUCCGUUCAAGUGGAUACAACGUUUGACACCGUAAAGAGUUUAUAGACUCGUGAAGGGAACAACCAGGGCAAGUAAUGACAUGCAGAGGUCGGACGGAGAAUGUUACCUGGAAAAUAUAGGCGUUCCAUAGGCGGACAAAAACGUCACAUGCAGAAGUUGUCGCCACCGCCGAGAAGUGUGUAGCCUUGACCAAGAGCGCCUGACGGGUUUCUAAUCAUAAAGUUACUGAUGAGCCAAACGGUUUAAUCAAUUAAUAAUUGAUGAUGGUCUCGCAGAAAGUGAUUUUUGCUGGGUUUUCAAUUUGUCUUGUCAUAACUACGGCUGUGGCUUUAAAUGUGGACAUCCCUAAUCCAGUGUAUGAGUUUGCCCGCGGAGACAAUGUCACCAUACCAUGCAACUUUCAAACCCAGAACCCAGUCAACAACUUGAUCAUUGUAUCUUGGACGCACCAUGCCGCCAUUCCAGGAGAUCCUGAGGUAAAUAUCCUUACCUACUACACCAAUGGUGAUUUGGACAUAGAUGCUGCGUACGAAGGAAGAGCUUCCCUGGAGGUAGACGUGACUAAAGGAGUAGCCAAUCUGAAGCUCUCUUCCAUCGGUCUCCAGGACAACCAAAUAUAUGAGUGUCGGGUCACCAUCCCCAAGGAUGCCAAGGGCAAAGUGGCCGACACCACCCAGCUAGUUGUUCUGGUGGCCCCCUCUGUGCCUGUCUGUAAAGUGGUGGGGACGGCGGAGUUUGGACAGAACAUCAACCUGACAUGUCUGUCUGCAGAGGGAUCUCCUCCACCAACCUACACGUGGCAGAGCUUUGACGUCACAAACAAAGCCCGGUCGUUUCUGCCCAAGAUGAUACCGAAGGAUGGUGUCCUGUCUCUCUUCAAUCUCACGGCAGAAUUUUCAGGGUACUACAUCUGCACCUCCACCAACAAGAUCCGCAGUGCCAGCUACAACAUGACCCUGGCCGUCAUGCCACCAUCUAUGAACGUGGCCUCGACAGCAGGCAUCAUUGGAGCGGUGGUGGCUGCUCUCCUGGUGCUCAUCAUCAUCAUCUACUGCUGCUGCUGCAGGAAGAAGAAGGAUGAGGAAGAGCCUGAGUAUCCUGUGGAGGGUCAAGGCACUGAGCUCCUUGACAAAGUGCCCAUUGAGAAUGGAGAGGAGCGACGGACACGCUGCAGGCCAGAUGAUGAUGAUGAUGAUGAUGACUAUCGGCGUCCGAAGACUGUCAGCAAAGACCAGUACCAGGAACGUACCGAAAAAGAAUUUGACCGCCGCAGUGACUAUGACGACCGCCGCAGUGACUAUGACGACCGCCGCAGGGACUUUGACGACCGCCACGAGCAGUAUGAUGAUCCCAGAGACCGGUACGACCGCUAUUCUGACCGCCAUGAUGCUGACCGUGGCUACGAUGAGCGCAGCGACCGCGGACGAUACAGCGACCGCGGUCGAUACGGCGACAAUUACGAUGAGCCCCACGACAACCGCGAAAGACCACCCAGUGUGCCCGCUAACAAGCCUGCCAAGAAUCUUAAAACUUCUACACCAAUGGAUUAUAUUUGAUUAGUGCGAAGCACUUCGUUACUGUCUGAUCCUAGUGUGGAGUGUAUGGUGGUAGGGGGGGGCUCACUUCUGGAAUGUCAAGAAGUAAAUUGAAAUGCUCAUUUCAUUUUAAUACUGGCAUCGUCUUUACUUUUACUCAUAUUGCCUAUAAGAAGCUGUUUGUUUUUGCAACUUUGGUGACGCAUGUUGUUGCAGGUGUGUAGUUGUUGCAUUCAAAUAUUUUAUAAUAGCUUUUGGUGAUGGUAUAACGUGUAUAUUUUUAAUGUGUACAUUUUGUUAAAAUGCCCUUUGGUGUCAGGAGGUUUCAUUAUUCUUUUUUUAAAGUGUUUAAA